AUGCUGCCCCUCAGGAGCCAUCUGAAACGAGCUCCUCCUCAGAAGAUUUUGUGUAGGUUCUGCGCCAUGAUGGGGAAACUGCAAAGCAAACUCAAACACAGCACUUAUAAAUACAGCAGGCCCGAUGCAAUUAUAGAAGAGAGAAUUCAAGCUACAGCUUUUCAGGAGUAUAGCCCAGCUCACUCGGACACCGUCUCUGUUGUUGCUGCUCUGAACUCAGACCUCUGUGUCUCCGGAGGAAAAGACAAGACAGUUGUGGCCUAUAACUGGAAAACCGGAAACGUGGUGAAAAGGUUCCGAGGACAUGAACAUGAUAUCACCAAGAUAGCCUGUCUUCACAAAUCAAACCAGUUCUUCAGCGCCUCUCGGGACAGGAUGGUCAUGAUGUGGGACUUGCACGGCUCCUCACAACCCAGGCAGCAGUUCUCGGGCCACGCCAUGGUGGUCACUGGGUUAGCUGUGAGUCCUGACUCAUCACAGCUGUGCACUGGCUCUCGGGACAACUCCCUACUCCUGUGGGACGUGGGGACUGGACAGUGUGUGGAGAGAGCUUCGGUCUCCAGGAACCUGGUCACUCACCUGUGUUGGGUCCCCAGAGAACCAUAUGUACUACAGACUUCUGAAGAUAAAACCAUCAGAUUAUGGGACAGUCGGGGGCUCCAGGUGGCUCAUAUAUUUCCUGCAAAGCAACACAUUCAGACUUACUGCGAGGUCAGUGAGGAUGGACACAGGUGUCUCUCCUGCAGCAAUGGCUUUGGAGGAGAAGGCUGUGAAGCCACGUUGUGGGACCUAAGACAGACGCGGAACAGAAUGUGUGAGUAUAAGGGGCAUUUCCAGACUGUGGCAUCUUGUGUGUUUCUACCAAGCGCAUUGGCCUUGAAGCCUAUAAUCGCUACCUCAUCACACGACUGCAAGGUGAAGAUUUGGGACCAAGAUACUGGAGCCUGCCUGCUCACCUUGUCUCUGGAUGGAUCAGGACCUUUGACUUCCCUGGCCAUUGGCGACACCAUCUCCUUGCUAUGUGCAAGUUUCCACAGAGGAAUUCACUUGCUCCAAGUGGACCGCAGCCCAACGCUGGGACUGCGGGAAGUGGCAGUAUUCUGA